AUGGCAGCUCCCCGCACAACCACCGCCCUUGUCAUCCCCAAACUCAACGGCCAGUUCGAGCUUCAAGAAGUCCGGCUCAACGACAUCCAACCAGACGAAGUCCUCGUCGAGAUCGAGGCUUUCGGAAUCUGCCACACCGAUCUGUCGUGCGCCACCGGCUUGUUGCCAUGCAGACCCGGCGCCGUGUUGGGUCAUGAAGGCGCCGGCAAAGUUCUCUCCGUCGGCUCUUCCUCCAUCGCCAACCUCUCCCCAGGCGACUCCGUCCUCCUCUCCUUUUCCCACUGCGAAUCCUGCCCUCCUUGUCUCUCCGGCCAUCCCUCCUACUGCCACUCCUUCAACGCCCGCAACUUUUCCGGCUGCCGUCCUUUACCCGUCCUUCCCGACGGCUCUAUCGAUUCCUCUUCCCUCAAGUCUGACAACCCAUUCACGGACCCAUCCUAUGCAACCUUCUUAACACCAGACACCAACAAACCCAUCUUUUCGCAAUUCUUCGGCCAAUCAUCCUUUGCGCGACAUACGUUAGUCCAUAAGAGUUCUUGUGUGAAGGUGUCUCCGGGGACGAACCUCGCGUUACACGCACCAAUGGGAUGCGGGAUGCAAACUGGCGCUGGCGCCGUUCUAAACUCUCUGGGCGUUAAAGCCGGGUCAAGCAUCGCUGUCUUUGGAGUCGGGAGCGUCGGGAUGGCGGCCGUGAUGGCUGCUGCGCAUAUUGCCAAAGCCAAGACGAUUAUAGCGAUUGAUUUGCAGGCGUCGAGACUGGAGCUGGCGAAAAAGUUGGGGGCUACGCAUGCGGUGUUGGGGGAUAUCAAAGAUAUGAAAAAGGAGGUGAGGAGGAUAUGUCCGCCGGUGGGAGUCGAUUACGCGGUGGAUUGCACGGGGUCGGUGGCGGUGAUCAAGAGCAUGAUUGAUGUUCUGGGGACAAGGGGGAGGGCGGCGACGGUGGGUGCACCUGGGUUUGGGAGCGAGGUGGGUGUGGAUGUGAUGGAGCAUUUAACGUAUGGGAAGGAGUAUGUGGGGAGUUGUGAGGGGGAUAGUUUGCCUAAGGAGUUCAUCCCCUUCCUCAUCGAGCAGCACGCCAAAGGCAACUUCCCCAUGGACCAGUUCGUCACUUUCUACGAUGUCAAGGAUCACAAGCAGGCUUUGGAGGAUUCACACAAUGGAAAGGCCAUCAAGGCUGUUUUGAAGUGGUAGGGGGACCGGAGGGGCCGUAGGGUGAUACGGAAAGCGGUAGUCGGAAACGGGCUUGGUUGGGUAUUCAAGUAACGAGCGUUGGACAUGAGGAUUGUACACAGUUUGGGAGGAACAUGGCGAAAUCGUGGUGUAUGAUAUACGUACAGAAUCAAGAAGGGAACAUGACAC